AUGCACAAACCAGCAACCUUAGGGUACGACAGCGUGAUCAUGUGCCGUCACGCAGUCGAUCGUAGCCAGGGAGGCUUGGUCGAGAUUGACAUUUGGUAUUUUGGUACUGAUUCUCUCCUCAACUACAUCGCCGAUAGCUCAAGUAACCUGAGAUGCCUUAGACUUGCAAUGUGUUUUCAAAUAACAACCGAUGGACUUGCUGAAGCACUUGUGAAGCUUCCAUUGCUUGAAGAACUCGAAAUCAUCGACGGCUCUUUGUCCGCCGAGUCUCUAAAGGUUGUAGGCCAGUCUUGUCCUAAUCUAAAGACACUGAAGCUUAGAAACCUGCGAUUCAUUAGACGUUUUCCAAUCGUGGAAGACGAUGUUGCUCUAGCAAUCGCUGAAACAAUGCCCCGACUUAUCCACCUCCAGCUUUUCAGAAACAAAUUAACAGACGAUGGUUUAAAGGCCAUUCUGGAUAAUUGUCCCAGCCUUGAGCAUCUCGACUUACGCAAGUGUCGUAACAUUGAACUUUCUGGAGAUCUGAAGAAGCGUUGUUCACAGAAGAUCAAAGUUUUUAGACCACCUUAUUACAAGACUCGUGAUUACCCAUAUGGUGUAAGGGGUGGGCGUUUGGGUUUAACUUUGUCGGAAUUCGAUAUAUAA